GCGACUCGAACUUGCACGCGCUGCUUGACGCAGAGGGGGCCGGGUUGCCUCGUGCACGUCUUCCUCGCCGGGUCGGCGAUGGGACUCGCCCGGGAGGACUCGCACUCGGGCUACCGCGCCGCCCUGCUCGACGACCUGCGGCGCGUCCCGCGCGGCGACAGCGUCGUGCUCAAGUUUGGGCAGGUGGAUUGCGACUUUGUGUACUACCUCAAGCUCGUCCACGACGCAUCGCUGACCUUUGAGGCGCACCUCGCGCGCUCGGUCGAGCGCUACUUUGCAUUCAUCGACGGCGCGCUGGCGGCGGGCCACUUGCGGCACGAGGAGCGACAGCGCCUGAGGCGCCCCGACCUGUACAUCGCCACGCCCUUCCCGACGGGCGUGGUGGACGCCCACCUGCGGGAGGCGCUCUGCUCGCUGCCGCUCAUGGCAAAGGCGGAGCGAGAGGCGUUCCGCAGAGCGCUCGACGACCACCUCUUCCUCCCCACCGAGGCUGAGCGCUGCGUCGGCGCCAACCACCACCUGCCGCCAGCCGCGGAGCCGUUUGCCGCCGCGGCGCUCGCGCGCCACUGUCUCGGCCGGAGCGAUGGCGACGCGGAGCCGCCUCCGGGGGACCCUGCCGGCGCUCUCGCCGACCCCGCCGGGGGGGGCGAGGCGCUUCUAGGCGCGGCGCCGCUGCGCGCUCGCGGCCACGUGCUGGCGAGCUGGCGCCACUUGGCGGCGCUGCUCGGCGCGCCCGCUGCGUUGGGGCGCGAGUUUGCGACCCAGGGGCCCCACCACGCGCAGUGGGUCGUGCGGCUCCUCCGCGGCUGCGACGCGCCAGUGGCGGUGGGGGCGCGAGGCCCCGGAGCGGGCGAGUUCUCCCGGCUGACGGUGCCGCAGCUGAUGCGGACGCCCGUCGCGGGCGCACUCGUGGCGGCAGCGAGGCAGGCGCAGGAAGCGAGAGGGGAGGGAUGA